GUUUGUUAUGGACCAGGCACCCUGCCGAAGGAGCCAUCUCAGGCACGAACUAUCUACCUCGGGGAGUGUCUCCUCAUCCACACCGGCGGCAGCGACGAAGCAACACCAACCGACCGGGACAUCCAUCCCCUCCAGCCCACGCCUCCCUCUCUCUCCCUCUCGCCCGUGGACCAUGAAGUCGAGUCUCGUCCUCCUCCCGCUGCGGCGGCGGCGGCGGCGGCUACCGCCGCUGUGGCUGCUGCUGCUGCUGCUGGGGCUAGCGUCGCUGGCGGGGCCGGCGGCGGCCAAGGUUACCCCGAACGGCGCCAUGGUGUGGGACGGUAACGGGUGGAUCGCGCUCUGGGACGACGACGAGGCUCCUCGCCCCCCACCGCCCAAGACAAGCUCCUGGAAGCGCUCGGACACGUCCGUCUUCGUCGGCGUGAGCUCCUUCCGCGACAAGCGCUGCCCGCAGACCCUGGUGAACUUCUUCAGCAAGGCCAAGUACCCCGAGAGGGUCACCGUCGGGGUCGUCCAGCAGAACGAUCACGAGGACGUGGACUGCGUCGUGGAGUACUGCAAGAUGAUGGGGGGCCACGCGGAGGGCCCCCUGUGCCCGUACUUCGACAACAUCAAGACGCUGAGGGUGGAGGCGAGGUGGGCGGCUGGCCCCUGCUACGGUCGGCACUUGCAGUCGUACAUGCUGCGGGACGAGGAGUUCUGCAUGCAGACGGACAGCCACAUGGACGUGGUGCAGGACUGGGACGCGAAGCUCAUGGCCAUGUGGGGCCGCGUCAACAACGAGUACGGCAUCCUCACGACGUACGUGCACAAGAUCGAGCAGCUGCACGAAGGCUACGAGAACAAGAAGGAGGUGCCGCACCUCUGCCAGCUUGGCUUCACGGAGACCGGAAACCACCCGAGGUACGUGCAGGCGAAGCUGGCGACCAAGCUGCCGUCCCCCAAGCUCACCAACACGUGGGCAGCAGGGCUUAGCCUGGCGAAGUGCCACGCCUGGAAGGCCUCGCCGUACGACCCGGGACUGCGCAAGGUUUUCGACGGCGAGGAGUUCUCGAUGCACGCGCGCCUGUGGACCAGGGGUUAUGACACCUACACCCCGGACAAGAGCCUUGUCGGGCACGACUACAACAAGGUCAAGGAGGGCCCACAACCGUCCAGCUGGUUGAACAACAAGAUGGUGGCAGGCGCAAAGGACCUGGCCUACAAGCGCAUGUUCACGCUGUUCGGCAUGCCGGGCAAGGUGGAUACGGAGGAGAUGUGGGAGUCGAUUGGGCAGUACGGGCUCGGCACCAAGCGGACCCUGGAGCAGUACCAGGAGUUCAUCGGGGUCAACUUGACCACGCUAGAGAUCAUGGGCUCGAGGUGCGGCACCCUCAGGUAUGUCCCCUUCGAGGAGACCUGGCCCCCGACAGAGAACAACCUGGCGGGACCCUACUGGGAGCGCCGCCGCGCGGGGCGGGGCAUCCACGCCCCGGGCUACACACCGGCCCUCUCGGGGCCGUCCAAGUACGUACGCGCCGGUGGGUCCUCCCACGCCGGCAGGCCCGGGUUGGGGUGGGGGGCGGCCUUCUUGAAGAAGUUCAAGCUGUUCUGCGCGUUCGCGUUCACCUUCGCGGCGAUAGGGGCGUGCGCCCUGGGGUUCGCGAGCUGCUUCGCGGGGGAGGACGGUGGGGCGGGGGCACGGCGACGAAAGGGGGCGGGGGGGGGAUCCAGGAAGCCGAGGGGGAGGCAUCAGUGGGCGAGGCGCGCCGGGAUACUGGGGGCGAGAAGUGAAGAAUAGAAUUUGAGACAUGAGGCGGGGGGGGGGGUUGUGUUCGUUGUGGUCGGUACAUGCACGCGCAGCCGCCCCGCCCCGCCCACCCACGUGUAUUGGUUUGAUUUUGAGUGUUUCGAGUGCGUGUUAAAUGGGUUGAGAUUUUCGUCGAUUUGUCGUGCCCAGAAAAGAUGUUGUUGAAGUUUGAAAUCUGAGGGCUUACUUUUGUCGCUUCAGUUUUGUUUUUUCGAGUGGGAACGAGUUUUCUUUCUGUAUGCAUAAAACGUCUCGAACGUUCUCCUGAGUUUUGUACCUAGGUGUGUGCCAGUCUGUUUUGUGUCUAUCACGCGGAGGCGUACUUUCAGAGUCCGGUUGGACUUUGAAGGUCCUGUGCCUUUGUGUGUGGUUCAAUAUAUGUUUUUUUUUUUUUUUUCUUAGUAUGACACAACGAAUCUAUCUCUAUCAUAGAAAAGAGUGUUUUGUUUUGAUUUUCGUGGUGGAGUAUCGUCAGUAGACAUUGCUUUUGUGGGGUUAGCAUUACAUUUUUCCUCUACGGUUGCGACGGCUGUUAUCUGACCAACAAACGAUUGUUUGUAUCGGUUGUACAGAUAGUACUAGGUAGGGAUCAAAGCUGGUUUUCGGGCGAAAGCCAAAGCAGACCCAUCCGUAACUAACUAGCCUACAGUAUCUGUUUUUCGUUCACGAUGGUU